AUGGGUCGCGUUCGCACAAAGACAGUCAAGAAGUCCGCCAAGGUCAUCAUUGAGCGGUACUACCCCAAGUUGACCCUCGACUUCGAGACCAACAAGAGGAUCUGUGAUGAGAUCGCCAUCAUCGCCUCCAAGCGCCUGCGCAACAAGAUUGCCGGCUACACCACCCAUCUCAUGAAGCGUAUCCAGCGUGGACCCGUCCGCGGUAUCUCCUUCAAGCUCCAGGAGGAGGAACGUGAGCGCAAGGAUCAAUACGUUCCCGAGAUCUCUGCUCUUGACUUCACCCAGAACUCGGAGAGCGGCCAGCUUGAUGUUGAUACCGAGACCAAGGACCUGCUCAAGCACCUCGGCUUCGAUACCAUCCCCGUCAACGUUGUCCCCGUUACCCAGACCCAGGCUCUCGAGCGUGGCGGCCGUCAAUUCGGCAACCGCCCCCCUCGCCGGGACUAA